AUAAAAUUUGUAUAGUAGAAUCGUUCCAGAGGCGGCGUAGAACAGCUGCGAAUGGCUUCAAUCACUGACGCCGGCGGAGACCGUACGCCGCUUCUCCACGACUCUAACAUGGAAUAUUCUGGCGGAGAGGCGGAGAAUACUAUACCGCCAACCCCUAUGAUUUCAACUAAUCCUAAACAGCGCCUCGUAUCGCUCGACGUUUUCCGAGGACUCACUGUUGCGUUGAUGAUAUUGGUUGAUGAUGCUGGAGGAGCAUUUCCGUCAAUAAACCAUGCGCCGUGGUUCGGUUUGACUCUCGCAGACUUUGUUAUGCCGUUUUUUCUCUUUGGAGUUGGUGUUUCUGUCAGUCUCGUGUUCAAGAAAGUAGAAAACAGAUUAGAAGCCACGAAGAGAGUAAUGGAAAGAUCUAUCAAGCUCUUUCUCCUAGGAAUCAUCCUUCAAGGUGGUUAUUUUCAUGGCCGUGGUGAUUUAACUUAUGGAAUUGAUCUGGAGAAAAUACGAGUGAUGGGUGUGCUACAGAGGAUUGCAAUUGGAUAUAUGCUGGCUUCAGUUUUGGAGAUAUGGCUUGUAAACAAUACUGCUGUUAAUUCAGCAAUAACAUUCGUGAAGAGAUAUUCGUAUCAGAUCGUGGCUGGAAUUUUAGUAGGUGUAAUGUACCUGGGUCUGCUGUAUGGCCUUUAUGUUCCAGACUGGAACUUUGAUGCAUCAAGUCUCAGGAUGACCCAACGAACUCUACUUGGUGCUAAUUCUCAAACUGUCUACUGUGGGAUAAGGGGUAGCCUUGAACCUCCUUGCACUGCAGUUGGUUUCAUUGAUCGAGUUAUUCUCGGUGAAAAUCAUCUGUAUCAACGUCCUGUAUAUAGAAGAACCAAGGAAUGCAGUGUCAAUUCGCCAGAUUAUGGUCUUCCACCACCAAAUUCCCCUUCAUGGUGUCUUGCUCCAUUUGAUCCAGAGGGCAUUCUAAGCUCUUUGAUGGCUGCCAUUACAUGCCUGGUUGGGUUGCAUUACGGGCACAUUCUUGUGCACUGUAAGGAUCAGAAGCAGAGAAUAGUUAUCUGGUUUGUAUCAUCUCUCCCUCUUCUGAUGUUGGGCUAUCUUUUAAGUGUCACAGGUGUCCCACUUUCUAAACCACUGUACACACUGAGCUAUAUGUUUGUCACAGCAGGAGCAUCUGGUGUUCUUUUGACUGUUAUCUAUUUUAUCGUCGACACAAGAUGCAUUAGGAAGCCUACUCUAUUAUUCCAGUGGAUGGGAAUGAACGCUCUUGUAGUGUAUGCUCUGGCUGCUUGCGAAAUAUUUCCAGCUGCUGUUCAAGGUGUCUACUGGCGUUCGCCUGAAAACAAUCUGGUAGACUUUUCGGAAAGGCUACUGCAAUGGGUCUUCCAUUCAGAUAAGUGGGGUACGUUGAUCUUCGUUUUUGUGGAGAUCUUAUUUUGGGGUUUUGCUGCUGGUUUCCUCCAUUUCAAACGUGUAUAUAUAAAAUUUUGAGCUCGUUGACUUUACAUUUUAACCUCACUUUUUCAAGUAGGUUGCCCUUGGGCAUUUGUUGUUUA